UGUGUCAUAUUCAUCUCCUGAGGUUCACUUUUAAAUUGAAUAAAAACACACACACACACAUAUACAUUGUGUCUUUCUCACACAGAUGACACUAACUUAACACUUGUCCCUGCUUAAAAAUCUCUAGGAUGAUCUGCAGGCUUCGCAGCAAGCUGAUCACGGGACUGCUGUGACCUUUGACUCACAGGACGUCCUGCUUUUCCACAAUUGUGCAUGCGGGCAGUUUUUAUGCAAGUGUGUGUGUGUGUGUGAGGUGGAACGAGAGUAAUAAACGAGUAAUAAAUUAUACGAGUCGAUGUGAAGAGAGGAGUCACGACGGCACAUGAAGGACGCGUCCCGAGGGUUGCGUUCGGUGUGUGUGUGUGUGUGUGUGUGUGUGUUUUCUGACGGACUUUUUGUCAAGUUCUGCACUAAACAGUUGAGAAGGAGAUGAACUGACUGUAGCGUGAAACUCGGAUGUUGUAGGAAGGCUCAAGCGAUCGGUCGGCGCCGAGCGUGAACGCUAACAGCAUCAAGAUUACCGAUGUCACGCAGGACGGAGACAUGCUCACCUUCGCCAUCACGUCUCAGAAGCUGAACAGUGAUAAGGGGACGUGCGUCUUCAGGACGUACGAGGAUUUCGACUGGCUGCACAAGGGUCUUUUCUCUCAGGAGGACGUUGCGGGACUCCAUGGCGUCAUAUUCCCUCCUCUCCCAGCCAAACCUCUGCCUUCCAGCUCACACACACAGACUAAAGUGCUGAAACAGCUGGGCUUCCUGGCUCUGGGAGAUAACUGGCAGCUUUAUUGUAAGGCUUUAGAGUUCUACCUGCAGCAGGUGGCAGCACACAGCAUCCUGGGAAAAAGCAACGCUCUGUACAGCUUCCUCAGCAGCACAGAGCUGGCCUCUAAACAGCGCAGCAAAAAGGGCAUCUUGGACCGCCUCAGUCAGGCCGUGGAGGAAAUGAGGAAGGAAGGUCACAAGGAUGUGGAAGAGUUCUUUCACCACGAGAGAGAACGCAACACACACACGACCGCCCUGUUUAAAGCCACCUCGGAGAAAUUCCUCGACGUUGUGCUGACAAAGCAGAGGCUUGCUCUGGCAUGUGGCCAUUUCUCCACUUCAUUACAUCUCUGUGUUAAUCAGGACAAUCCGUCCGCCGUGGUCUUCUCCACGAUUUGUCUGAAGCUGUCGGAUAUAAUGGACGCAGUGAAAAGAAAUCUCGACAAAGUGUCGGAGAACGACGCACACACCUUGGGCUUGGGUUUGGAUCUCGAGUCUCGCUACCAGGAUGCGAAACGAGAGAUGUUGUUCAGAAGAACCUGUAAACUCGUGGAACUGGAAAUCAUCGUCAGGAACGCGGAGAAAGCCAAACCCAACAAGAAAGCAGUUAUGGACAGAGUGCAGAAAACUACACGGGAGGAGUUUAAUCUCAUCUCAUCAGUCGCGAAGGAAGAGAUCGAGUGGUACCAUAAAGCACGCGUAGGUGUGUUGCGAGACUUCCUGACGCGCUGGUGUGAGACGCAGCUGGACGCGGCCAGGGAAUCUGCCGCCCUCUUCUCUCAGCACCUGCAGGCUUGGAAAGGAUUUCCUGUCUGAUGCAGUACAACAUCGCUUUAAAACACGUACUAGUCCGAUAGAAAUGUUCGGGGGAGGGGUGAAUCGGAUACGAAUCUGUCUGGAAUAUAACCGACGGACACUUUAAAAGAAACGAGCGAUUAAAAGUACGUUACACUUUAUAACGCCAAAAAGUAAAAAAAUAAAUAAUCUUAUUUCCUCUUCACAA